UAAGCAAGCGGGGCCACUGUGUGGUCUCUAAAAACAAGCUAUAACUCAUGGAAAAUGUCAUGCGGAUGUUGCUUCCCAUCUACGCAUACGCAUUUCGAUGUCGAUAGUUAUAGCUGGUAUGUAUGCAUAUGGCCAUGCCAUUGGGAGAGAAAAAAUCAAAAGACUGGAACAUGGAGGUUGCACCCGACAACGAUGUGGAGGUCAUCAGUGAGUCGGAGGAUGAGAACGCCGUGCAGGAAGUGAGUGAACCCUCCAAGAAGGCCGGCGAUGUCACCCACAAAGAUGUCCAAGUGCCUGCCAAUAAAAGUGUCUCCCCCGAGAAUGGCUCUGACGACGAGGUGGUUAUAGUGCCCCUGGACCCAGCGAUUGUCGCAAAGCAACAAGAAAUUCUUUGCCGGUUGCCCUUCAUCGAGGAGGUGAAGAAGACGUUUAGGUCCAGCUUGUCGCAGGGACAAUUCUCACGACUUGAGGCUCUCAUCCGCCUUGUAAAGCGAGACAAUGUGACCAUGUCGACACUACUGAAAAUCGAGUCUAUUAUGAAUAAGUUGGAAACGAAAUUCGGUGAACUGGUGCGGAAUAGACAGGCCCGUGAGGCCAGUGGUGCCGCAUCAGGUUCAAGACCCCUCGCUCAAAGACGCUUACUCCAGAAAAGUGAAGCGACAGAACGGGCCACAGCCAGAGAAAGCAGUGCCACCGAAACGCCUCAGACAAACAGCCACAAACAAAAGGAUUCUGGCUCAAACACCGGACCGACAAAGCGCAAAGAGAAGCCCAACAGUGCUGCCCGUGGCGAUACAAUAUCGAUAAGCUCAUCCGACAGUGAAAGUGAGGACUCCAAGGAAUCGACAAACAGAAAAAGAAAUCCUCAGGGCAAGUCCACAACCGGAUCGGCUGGAUCGAAAGCUUCGACUGCAGAACGGAAAUCUGUCCCAUCGCCUGCGAGUAAAGUGGCAGAGGAGCCAGCGCGCAAGUCCUUCGCCAGUAGUUCCCCCAGUUUGUCCUCGAACAAGCCACGCUAUGAUCGCACGCCUGAGCCCAAAAACACAGCGAAUGCAGCAAAGACUCAAGGCACAAAUUUGGAUCACAAGAAACCAGAGACUUGCAAGUCGAAUACCAGUCAAAAGCCCAAAGAGAAGGACAGACCUCCUCCUGAGGGACAAGGUGUACUGGCUGCCAUACGGGCAGCCAGAGAACUGGACAGAGAACAGAAGCAGGCGCGAGAGUUAGCCAAUAAAGAGCGGGCCAAAGCCAAAAGUUUACAAUUCAAUGCCAGCGCCAAUUUGGGAUUCUCGCGCCGAUCCAAUACAGAUCCAGCAACAGCAUUUACUCAGCAAUCAUCGCCUCUGUUUACACGUGGCUCCUCGGUUCAAUGUGAUGCAGACUCCACAUCGGAGGCGGCAGUGCGUCAGUCAACACCAAACGAGAGGCACCAACACCAACAGCAGCAGCAGCAGCCCACAGAGCCAUCGAAUGGUACUCCUCCACCAUCCUUAUGUGAUAAAGAUACUGCCAGAAGUGAAACAGCAGCCCGUCCACUUUUGGAGGCACGCAAGAAGCUGGCGGCCAUGCUGCUGGAUAAGCUGGAUCCCAACGGGGCUGGGGGAGUGGCGUGCACAUUGCCGCUGGCAUCGAACAGCAUGGAUCCGCGUGGAAGGAAUCCCAAUUACAAAAGUCAAGCCAUGUCCACUGCCGUUUCGAAUGUUCUGGGCUCCACACCAGUUCCUCCCCCUAGUGUCCCUCGCGAUACAUCACCAGUGCCGCCGGCGCCGACAAUGAAGCCGGGCUCAGUAUGGACCCCUAUCCCAGGGCCAGGAAGCAUUGGCUUUGCAAACCGGGGAUCACGGGGUGCGCAUGCGCGGCCUCCUCACAAUCAUCAUGGGAAUCAGCGGCCAGGAUUCUCUGGCGGCGAGACGCAGUCCUCGGGACCUGCUCCCCGUAUGCCCAAUGACUUUCAUGCUGUCGAUCCAAGAUCGAAGCCACGUGAAGCCACAUGGGAUCCACGUGAAGCAAGGGAUCCUCGGGAUCCACGUGAAGCAAGGGAUCCUCGGGAUCCACGCUGUCAGAAUAUGCCACGACCUAACCAUCAGCAUCAGCACCAGCAUCAGCAGGGCUAUUCUCAGGGCAACCCAGCGAACUGGCAAUCAUCCUCCUGGAAUAACAAUGAAACAAGUUCCUUUAAUGGUGGACCUGGACCUGGGCCUGGAUCUGGAUCUGGGGCUGGUCCUGGAUUUUUACCUGGACCUAGACCCAAUUUAGUUGGAGGCAGCUUUCGGGGCGGUCAUGAGGGCCGUGGUCGUGGCGGCGUCGGCGGAAUUAACCAUCGCUACAUUCCACCAGGCGGCGGACGAGGACGAGGUGGAGGGCAUUUUGAUGUGGCGCGUACAUAUCGCGAGCAUCGUGAGGCCAAGGCCAGGGCGGAGGCAGCAGCCGCUGCCAAGGUGGCCGAGGAGCAGCGCCUGGCGGACAUCGAGAAGAAACGCCAGCUGGAGGCGGCCGAGAAGCAGCGACAACAGGAGGAGAGCGAUUGUGCGGAUGUACCGGUGGCGGUGACGGCACUGCCAGAGCUCCAGCUGGACACCUCCUAUCGCAACGUCACAUCGAAUGGUCCGGCCAAGAAGAUCGACUUUAGAAUACCCAAAAAGACGCCUACAGUGGCAGCCACGACCACAGUGGGCCAGUCAUUGGCCAAUGGUAGAGGCGGGGAGAGCGCCAGCUCAUCCACGAGUCCAACAACGAACAAAUCCUGUAAUGAUAACGACAGAGAGAAGGAUAAGAAUACUGAUAAUGACAUAGAUCACCCUGCCACAGAUAACAAUUCACCAAGCGUGGAGAAGGAGAGCCCCAGGAACAGUCCUAAAGAUGUGGAAAGACCUGAAAGAGCGGAAAAAAAGAGUAAAUCUAAAGAUCCGGAUAAGAACAAAAGUAGAUCUAAGGAUGAGCAUAAAACAAAAAAGGAAGAGGCGCAAGCCGCAAAGAAGGCCAAAAAGAAAAAGAACAAAAAGUUGGAGAAGUUGCAGAAGGAAAAGGACAACAAUCGAACGGAAAAGAAUGAACAAAAAGAAGCAAGCCACAAGAAAGCCACAUCGUCCACGUCCACGUCCACGUCCUCCUCUUCAUCUUCCUCCACCGUGGAGAUUAUCGAGAAACUGAAAAACUCAAAUACUGAGCCACAAAUCGAUGGCGGCUUGUCUCAUUCUUCCUCGGAUAACGUGGAAAACGAGCCACCGAUGAUCUGUAUGCCCUGUAUGCCCCCGGACAAAGCCCCCGAUGACAAACCGACAACGCCAGCGAUACAGCCAGAGGACGCUGCAUCGGAGAUUGGAUUGAAGAAAUCAAAAACAGAGGCAGGACCAGAAAGGAAGCCCGAUAAUGCGACUGCCACUGCAACUGUGGCUGCUAUCGACUCUGAGUCGGAUGAAAAGGUACCCAAACUGAAGAUUGUACUGGGUCCCAAUGGCCACAGUACAUUCCUAUUUAACAAAGAUGCCUCCCCGCUUCUCGAGGGCUUUGGACAGAAGUUUAAAGUAAACACCAAUGGAGAUCAAUAUGGGAAUGGGGAUGGGGAGAAGCUGGGGAUCACAGUUAACCCACAAAUCCAUAAGAUUAUGCGACGCCGUAGUUCGAUGGCACCGACGGCCAGCCGUCCGCUGGUGGACAAGUCCUCGAUUUUUGAUGGCACCAGCCUGAUGUAUGAGGACCUCACUGAAAAGAAGCGCAAGGAUGAGAAGCAAUCGCAGAUCGCACGCAAUCUGGCGAAUAUGUUGGAGAAGACCAGCGACAAUUGCCGAGUGUCCACCCAGAAUAUAAUCACUGGAAAGCGGCGCACUCGCGGCAUACCCGACUGUUCCUUUAACGAAACGAUGCUCAGUCGGGAUCGCUUCGGUUUGGUACAGAUAACCAGGACGGCAAAGGCCACACCCGAAGAAAAGAAGUCUCGCUCCACGCCAGUGCCUCAAAUAGAGACUGAUACGGAUGCUGAUUCCAUUUUGCGAACGGCUUCUCCGCCUGUGAAACGUAAGCGAGGCCGACCCCCCGCCAAAAGGCCACGCCUGGAUAUCGAACAGAUUAGUGUUCCGACGGACGUGGGGGACUCCGAUGAACAGUCUGUUGCGCCCACACCACCACCUCCAACACCACCACCGCAGACACCGCCUCCGCCACCGAACAUGUCUGGUGGUGCACGGGGUGGCAAGCCGCGGGCACGCAAGAGGAACGAGCUGGAAAAGCUCACCGAUUACAUUUCGACGAUGUACAACGGUGAGGAUGUGAUACGGGCCAGUGGCAGACGGGCAUGCACGGUGCAACAGGCGCAACGGCGUUCGGUGACGCCAAUGGAGUACCGAGAAACGACAUCGCCAUCGCCGUCUCCGUCUCCUUCCCCCAUUCGUAGGCCCAGUCCUAGGGAGAUUCGAAAUGUGGCACGUCGCGGUCGACCCUUUGGUGCCCGUUCCAGAGACAGCGGCGGCAUCAAUCGAACAUCAACAAUCCUGCAAAGGGAAAUGCGAGUGAGGAAAUGUUGUGUGCGUCUGCGGCGGUUCCCAAUGCCCCAGGACAAUGCCCCAACGCCCCAACAGCCAACGCCACAGCGAAAGGAGCAGCAGAGGAGGCGAGCCCCAAGAACCGAACCGAAUGUGAAUCCCGAAUGGAAUGCCAUGUCCAUGGCGGCAAUCGAUUGUGUUGUGUGCCACAAGAAGAUCGACAAGAGUCCCGCCGGCCACUAUCUGCAGUGCCAUAGGGAGAACUACAUCUCCCGGCUGGCAACCGGCAUGCUGGACAAACUGCGCGCUGGGCGGGGCAAUCGUUUGCGGCUUUCGGCGGGUGGCGGCAACAAGAACAAGAAUAAGUACGAUUUCAAUUGCCCCUUCUGCAUGAAGUCCCUGUAUAGCUUCACCUUCUACAACAUUGCGUUGCAUAUGAUUGAGCAUACGGGCGAGUGCAAGCUCCAGUGCUCGGCGUGCCGGCAACCGAUACGGCGGCAGGGUCUCAUGAAGCGGCAUCGCAAGCACUGUGCCCCCGAAGCCCAAAUAGUUUCGGACAAGAGAACCUGCAGCCUGCCCCUCACACUGCAUGUGUGUCCUUUGUGCGAUUACGUGCAGACGGGACGGGAGAGAAGGGAUUCCCAUCUGGUGAAGCAUCAUCGGUUGAGCGAAGAGCUGAUCGCAGCCAUGGAACUGGAGAAGGUGACCCUCUGCUGUCGUUCCACCGAUGACAAGGAUCAAGAAACGGAAGCGGAAACGGCACCGAACAUGUCCGUGCCGCAGGUGAUAUCGCGACGCAGCUCUGUGAUGUGCACAAAGACUCCCAAAAAGAAGAUUCGUUUCAAGAAACAGCAACGGAAGCCCGGCAGACCCCCCAAACAGGAGCAGGAGUCCCACGAGGAGGAGGAGGAGCAGAUGGAGGAGCAGGAGGAUGGUAUGCCAGCGUCACAAGAGAUGCAGGAGAUCCAGGUGCCUCCACUAGAGGAGGAUGCUGCCGCCGGGUCCAUUUUGGUCGUCAACGAGUGCCUCUUGGACUUUGAUCCCGAAUAUGAAAUGGACGUAAAGCUGCUGCAUGCCCAGCUGGAGGAGGAUAUCGAUGAAGCGGAGGCAGAACUCUUACUGAACGAGCCCCUGCAGGAGAAGCCGGUGGAAGAGAAGCCAAUUUUGGACGAGCUAUUGCCAAUGGAAGUGGAAGACGCCCCCACGCAGAAACCGUCAGAGAAGGAGGCGGCCUCCUGCUCAAAGGACACCGGGGAGACAGUAGUGCCUGCAGUUCCUGUGGAGGAGCCGAUUCGUGGCCUGUCUGUGGAUCCCCUCAUGGGCAUUGGCAGCGAUGAUUCCGGCAGUGAAAUGGAUGUGGAUGUAGAAACCGCAUCUGCAUCCACAUCCCCCAGAGAGACGAGCCCUGGCCCUAAGGAUGUCGGUGAUGAUGAUGCUGAAAACAAGAGGGUCCCCGAGGAUUGGGUCGAUCUUGUCGAUUCUGGCUCUCAGGAUGAGUCCCGCUCCAAGUCGAUAUUCCGGAAAUUCAAUCGUUUCUACUCCCGCCUCACCAACGGAACAGGUGGGGGUGGAGGUGGAGGAGCAUCUGGUUCUGGUGGAGGGGGACCACGUCGCUCAUCUUCCCGUACGACACAAUCGAAUGCCAGCAACAGCAGCGAGUGCGAUCCGAGUGAAUUGAUGCCCGAAAUGCGACCCCUGGAACCAGAGCCAGAAGCAAAAGCGGCACGGGAGAUACGGAUAAAGACAAAGACUGUACCGCUUUUGGCUCCAAUUUCCGUUCCACCUGCAGCACCAGCGGCCGCUGCGCCACCUGCCCCCGAAGUAGAAGCAGCAGCUGCAGCAGAAGUACCGGCACCAGUGGACAACACACCAAUGUCGGCAUUCACGCGCGUGGAGAACGUGGCGUACCGCAUGAGGGAGGCCAUGGUGCCGCCGAGUGCCGUCUACUGCUGCCUGUAUCCCGGCUGUACGUUUCUCUUCUCGAACGAGCGCGAGGGCCUAGAGCGACACUUUGACAUCGAGCAUCCGCAGGUGUCCUGGAGCGGUAGCUGUUUCACCUGCAUCACCCAGGACCAGACAAAGGCGAUGCUGACGCCACCGCGCAGCAUUGGGGAUGAGCUGCGUCACCUUUCCCAGAAGCAUAUGUCAGCAGCUGCAGCGAAUUCACCCGAGAAGCUGGCCGUGGCCAAGCCUGCACUGCCCAAGCUUCGAGUGCGUCGCUUCAGUGGCGAUCUACUCACGGAAGCUGCAAAGCAAGUCGAGCAGGAACAGCCGCAACAGCAACAGGCAAAUGUCUCCACCAUCCAAUUGGAUGUGGAUGGGGAUACACUAGCCAAUGGGAUGCUCAGGGAUCUGUUGAAGGCCACGCCACGACCGAUCAACCAGCAGGUGGACUUUAAUGCCGCCGGACUGGGGGAGUUUCUUUGCUCCAAGCCUGCCACUCCGCCUGCAUCGUCUGCCAGGGAAACAGAAACGCUAGCCACAACGGCAGUAGGUGGGAAUGGCAAUGGAAAUGGAGGGCUGUACAAUAAUAAGGAAAAUACGGGCCUACAAAUCGUGACUGUGUGCCAUUUGGAUGCGUUGCACAAUGGCCAGCCUCAGAAUGGACCAGUAGAACCCGCCGCAUUGCCCACAGUCCUGCCUGAGCCUCUGGCCACUGUCAACAAUGGGCAUUUUAUGGUCACACAAAGCAUCUCUGAGAAUCACAUCAACAUUUGCCUGGAGCCUACAGCAGCGGAAAAGGGAGCAACAGGAGCAGGAGCACCAACAACAGCAGGCCCCAUCCGACUGAUUGAGAUCGAGGAUGGUGGCCGCAAUUGUAGCCAUUUAUCGCAGGAUCGUUUCCGUUGUAUGGCCGUUGGAUGCGGCUAUUGUGCCCACACAGUGAUGUGCAUAAGGGAGCACAUGAAUUUCCAUCGUUUUAGUUUUGGGAGCACCAACUACCUGAACUGCGCAUACUGUACCCACGUGGCCACCGAUGUGGAUGACUAUGUGCGACAUGGCGUCUAUGUGCAUGGCCUGGCGCCGCGCCAUGAGCUGCAAGCAGCUCCCACAAGGCCGGUCACGGAAAUGUCUGUUAGCCAGAAGAUACGUGAGGCGCUCAGCCAGCGAAGGAAUGCAUUUCCAGCAGCAGUUGCAACGGCAGUGCCAGCGACAGCGGAGGAGCAGCCAUCAAGCAGUUCAGUGCAGGUACAGGAAAACGGCCUGGAAACGGCUCCAGACAGAGCCCAUGCAGAUGGCUCAAAUGGAGGAGUAACCAUUUCCAAAGCAUUAGCCGAUUAUCUAGAGCCCACAGGAUAUGCGGACGAAAGGCUGUAUGAAUGUCCCGAGAGGAUCUGCGGGGCCCGACUGACGAGCGAAUCGUUUGUCAAUCACAUCCUCUAUCACAUACGCAGCUCCAGCUCCCGCAGGGAAACGGAGCUGGUUAAGUGUCGAUAUUGUCGGACGUUGGAGACGCCGCCAAUGCUGCGGCAGCAUGUGCUGAUACAUCAUGCGCGGCAUAGGUACAUCUGCAGCCUGUGCCUGGAGACGGCCACCAGCAAGGAAAUGCUGAUAUUCCAUGUGAAGCAGAGCCAUCCGCAGGUGCUCGGCCUGUCCAAUCACUCCUUCAAGGUGAUUAAAGUCUAUCUGCAGGAAAGCAACGCCCUGAGGGCCGUCCAAGGUCAAACGGUGUGCCAUGUGGUUGGGGUCCUGAUGCCCUUCGAGCACGAACAGCUGCAGGCCAUGAAGCACAAGGUGAUCCGCGAACUAAAGCUGCGCGAGGCUGGCACAAAGAAUGUCUUUCGCUCUUCGGAGGCGAAGCUGCUGCCCAGCGGCGACACUGUGCUGACAGUGUCGCUGCAUUGCGCCGAGUGUCUGUUUGCCAGCAAAGAGGUUGUGGACAUGCAGCGGCACCUGGCCAUGCACAAGCUGCAGGCGAUCAAUGCAUUCGUAGAAUCACAACGCCUUCUGCAGGCACAGAAUAGCAGUCCCGAAAAGCAGACCAACCCCGAGAUUCCCGAGCCAACUCCGGUGGGAGGAGAUGUGGCCGCCGCCGCUGUGGGGGGUCAGCAUAAAGUGGUCAAUCCGUAUACGCUGUACGUACCGUCAGAGGGUCGCUUAGUCUGCGGCGCAUUGAGCUGCGGCACACAGCUGCCAUCGACGGAGGCCCUCUGCGAGCACAUGUCGAAGCGUCACCAGUACACGGAAGUGCUGUGGUGCACCUUCUGCCGCAGCCGUCAGCCCAACAAGAUGUCCAUACCCAAGUACUUGAAGCAUCUGCUCAGCCACAAGCGUCACAUCUAUCAGUGCGGUUGCUGCGGCCGCAGCAAUCCCGAGCGUCAUGUCAUUGAACGGCACAUCAUUGAUCGUCACCCAAAUCACAAUGUGGAUGUGGUGAUUCUCAGGCAGGAGGCUAAUGCAAAUGCACGGCUAAAGACCUCAGCACGAUGGAUCAAAUUGCCCAAGCUUUCGAAGAACCCAAAUCACAAUCAAUUCAUCUGUAAUCUGUGCCAGCACAUGGACAAUUCAAUGGAGAAGAUACGCGGACAUGUGGAGGCUGUGCAUGCCAUUAAGCAUCAGUACAUCUGCUCUGUGGAGCAGUGUCCUUUUGGGUCAAUGGAUGCCGUCACCGCCAUUCAGCACAUGUUGAGUGAUCAUCCUGGUGUGGAGGUGCAGCCAGCGCAUAUCUAUCAACGCACUCUGUCGCGGGUAAGGCAAACAAUUGGCUUCUACUGCUGCCAGUGUCGGCUGGCCUUUAGCAGCUUCCAGCGGAUUGUGUCCCAUCUGAAGGAGUGCCAUGAGUGCCUCGGCCAGUACAAGUGCCCGCAUUGCAUGUACAAUUGCCAGCACGAGCGUGGCGUUAUCACGCACAUAGUUGAAGAGCAUCCGGGCCUCACUGGGCUGGCGGAGUGCCAGUUUCUGCGCGUGUUUAACGAUCUGCCCGAUAAGAUGGCCUGGGCCGAGGCCCAUCCGAUUGAGGACGCACAGCAGGACAAUCAGCAGCAGGAGCAGCAGCAGCAGCAGCAGCCGCGACAGGAGGAGGAAGAUCAAGACGAGGAUCCAGACCAAGAGGAGGACGAGGAGCCAGAGGAGCAGGAAAUGCAGCAACCCUCCCUCGCUGCCAAUUCAAAGAUCAGUGAGGUGAUCGAUCUCAUCGAUUCGGACGAUGAAGCGCAGACAGCCAUCUCAGAGCAGGAUAAGGACCUGAACAACUCCAAUUCGGGUAAUAAUUUCUAUGUGUUCUGCUGCGCCCAUUGUGGGGGCUCCGCACGAAAUCUGAUGCAACUGAAAGCCCACCAGCGCCAGUCGCAUCCGAAUCGAUCUUUUAUAUUCCGCGUGCAGCCGAUAUUGCUGUGCUGCAUGUGCAAGUCCUUCAAAAGCAAUGCCAAGGAGCUACGCGACCAUCUGAUUGUAUCGCAUCGACGUACCCGCCUGACCAAGACGCUCGGCUGUGAUGUGCGGCGGCCCAAGGAGUGCGGUUUCUGCGAUUACCAAUACCCGAGCUGGGAGAAUCUCAGCAACCACAUGGAUAAGGCGGGCCACCAGAUAAAUGAUCUCAAGAAUGUGACCGAAGCGGGCCUGGAGGUGCUGCUAAAGCUGAACCGGAGCGAAAGCGGCGCCGAAUAUUAUCAGAUGUGCAGCCUGUGCAAGAAGGUACUGCCCGAUCAGAUAGCGAUGUACCAUCACGGACAGCAGGAGCACGCCAAUCAGGGUUUCUGCUUCACGAACGUCCAUCCGCUGGUCUAUCACUGCUUCUACUGUGUGUUCACCUCGCUGGAGGAGAUGGUCUCGCUGCGGCACAUGAUCACCCACUUUGAGGGCUUCCAGAAGUGCCACUUUUGCCAGAUGCCCCAGCCUGGUGGCUUCGAGCAGUACAUCCAGCACUGCUAUACGAACCAUCACGACCAGGUUGGUCGCUUCCGGCAAGUGUACGCGUACCCGGUGAUAUUGCGAUACCUCCUGCAAACGCCGUACCAAUUCCAGAACGGCCUAAUCAUCAACAAGAGCAGUCUGCUCAACACACGCUACAAGAACGAUACGCUGAUUCGCCAGCUGUACGAAGAGCUGAUGGCCCGGGCGGAACGUCCGCCUAUUCCCCGGAUUCAUAUAGGUCUGAAGAACUCAACACCCAUCGGUAUACACGGGAUGGAGCCUGUGCCAAAAAAAGCCAAGAUCAUCAAGCGACGCCAGACCCUGGGUCCCGAUGAGCUAACCAGGGUGAGGCUUUUGGAUGAACAAAGCCUCAAUCCAUUACCAGCAACAGCUGCUGCGCUGGCCCCAAGCACAAACCCAGCCGAAGCUCUCAGCGGCAGAUCAGCGAAUAUCAGCUGGACGACCUCGUUUACGGGAGCUAAUCCUAUACCUCCUCUGCAGCAGCCGCCAUCAGUAGCAGCAACAGAAGCGGCAGCUGCAGCAAUAGCCUCUAAUCGGAAGACUACAGCUGGAGUACAGGAAAAAAUAAUAAGGAACCUUAAGCGACGCAACAGCGUUGUGGUCUUUAGUCGUCCCUAGGGAUGUCUCGCAUAUCCCACAUACCCAUGCCCGACUAUUACUAUUAGGAUUACGCUUUAAGAUUAUACACACAUACAUAGUUAUAGAUAAGAUUUGCCAUUUCUGAAACGGCCUCAAGUCACGCUGCCUCAUUACACGCGUGAGAUGUUGUGCUAGUUCCAAACUAAAAAAAACAUUAAAUUUAUAUUCCUGCCUAACUUAUUUGUUUGCUCUUAAGAAAGAUGAGAAUUAUUGCUACAUUUGUAAGCUGAGUGUAAAGUAAACCAAGCUAUUCCAAAGCGAUCAUUAUGAGAGAAAGUGAGACAAACAUUCGGGGAAAGAAAAGAUUAUUAGGUCGAAAAACAAUGCCCAUUAAAUUAAACUAGUGUUUAAGGAGUACAUGUAUACCCAAAGAAAUAAUUAUUAUAUAUAUUAUUAUUAUUCCUCACUGA